AUGUCUAAGAAAUUUACAAAACAAAACUCUCAAAAGUAUGCCGUUGUGCAUAGACCCCAUGAUGACCCGCAUUAUUAUGAUGAAGGUGCAUCAGCACAUGUGUUUGUACCUAUCAAGAAUCCUAAUGCUAGAGUCAAAGUACGUACCGAAUUUGAAGAGAAGGAAGAGGAAAUUCCAGAUUUAACUACUGAUGAUCAUUUUGUUCCGGAGAAUGAAAAGGAAGCUGGUGAUGCUUCAACAUACGGUAUUAAAUUUGAUGAUUCAAAAUAUGAUUACAUGCAACAUCUUAGACCCAUGGGUCAGAAUCCAGAUUCUGUUUUCAUUCCAUCUAAAAAAACUGUUGAACAUAGUAGUUCCAGAAAGAAGAAUAUUGAAGAUAUGUUUGUGGAACCGGAAUACAAGGAUGUUGAAAACAAACCUACUCAAAGAGUAUUUCAAGGUGGUAUGGCUAAGCCCGAAUAUUUAGCUCAUCAACAAAAUGUAACGGACGAGAUUUCAGGUUUCAGACCCGAAAUGAAUCCAGCAUUGAGAGAAGUCCUAGAGGCUCUUGAGGAUGAAGCUUAUGUUGUUAAUGAAGAUAUCGUAGUUCAACCAAAACAAAAAAAGAAGUCAGAGUCCAGUAAACCAAAAGAAAUGAAACAAGUUCAAGAAGAACUUGAAGAUGAUGAAGAUGAUGUUUUUGCAGAAUUAUUAGCUGGUGGUGAAGCUGAAGGUGAUGAUGACUUCGAGGACCAAUAUGAUGAAUGGGACGAUGCCGAAUUAGAAAAUUAUGAAGAUGAGCAUUAUAUGAAGGAAAUGGAACAAUUUGAUAAUGUAGAAAAUUUAGAAGAUUUACAAGAUAUUGACUACCAGACAGAUGUUCGAAGGUUCCAAAGAGAAAAGAAGAAUGAUUGGGAUAGUGCCGCUGAAUCAGAUAAUGAAUUUCUUGAUAACAAUUCCGAUAUUGGUAAUAUAUCAGGAUUAAAUAGUGAGGUAGAAGAAGAAGAGAAUGAUGCAUUGGGUGAUUUACCAACAUUUAAAUCGAAACCAGUGAAAGGUAGUAAAAAAAGAAGAAGUCGCCAAAAGAAAGGUGCAAUGUCUGAUAUAUCUGGAUUUUCAAUGAGUUCGAGUGCUAUUGCUCGUACGGAAACCAUGACAGUAUUAGAUGACCAGUAUGAAAGUAUAAUCAAUGGUUAUGAGAACUAUGAGGAAGAACAAGCUGAUGAUGAAGAGAAUACAUACCAACCGUUUGAUAUGUCCAAAGAACGUUCCGAUUUCGAAUCAUUAAUGGAUGACUUCUUAGAUAAUUACGAAUUAGAGUCUGGUGGGCGUAAAUUAGUAAAGAAAAAUGAAGAUGUACAAAAAUAUAAAGAUGCAGCAGACGCAGUAAGUAAAGGUAAACUAUCACAAAGAAGAAAUCGUGAACGUGAAUCAAAGGACGUUAAGAAAGUUACAAACUCUUUGAGUAGUCUACGUUUUUAG